AACAAAAUAAGAGAGAAAGAAAGAAAGAAAGAAAGGAAAGUAAGAAACUUCUGAAAUUGUUGCUUUUUUGGUAACCAAAUCUCCAUAUUCUCUCCUCAUUCUUUCUUCUCAAUUCCGCUCUGCAUUUCAAGCUUCGAAGGAUUCGGAGAUUUAGCUGUUCGUUCGUUGCUGAACUCGAUUUAGCUACAUGGAACACGUAGUUGCUACUCUGCUAUGAUUGAGAAGGGAGAAGAGAGAUUAGGAAUUUGAAUGGGGAAUAAGCUGGGAAGGAGGAGGCAGGCAGUGGACGAGAGAUAUACGAGGCCACAAGGUCUUUAUGUUCAUAAAGAUGUUGAUCAUAAGAAGCUAAGAAAGCUCAUUCUUGAAUCUAAGCUUGCUCCGUGUUUUCCUGGUGAUGAUGAGUUGGGAAAUGAUUUUGAAGAAUGCCCUAUUUGCUUCUUGUAUUACCCAAGUCUUAAUCGAUCACGAUGUUGCAUGAAGGGCAUUUGUACAGAGUGUUUUCUACAGAUGAAGAAUCCAAAUUCAACACGUCCUACUCAAUGUCCUUUCUGUAAAACUGCAAAUUAUGCUGUGGAGUAUCGAGGUGUGAAAACGAAGGAGGAAAAGGGCAUAGAACAAAUUGAAGAACAACGUGUUAUAGAGGCAAAAAUCAGGAUGCGGCAACAAGAACUUCAGGAUGAAGAAGAAAAAGUGCAUAAAAGACUGGAAGUAAGUUCUUCAAGUAGCAGUGUUACACCAGUGGAGGUUGAAUGUGGCUCUCUAGCUGUUGAAUCUUUUAGGUCUCCUGUGGAAGUUGAUGGUAUUGUUCCAUCUCAAUUCUCAAUCAGACACCCUCCGCAUCACAGGGUAAAUAGGGAAGACGAAUUUGACCUAGAUCUUGAAGACAUUAUGGUCAUGGAGGCUAUUUGGCUUUCUAUUCAGGAGAAUGGGAAGCAGAAAAAUCCCUUAUAUGGUGGUGCUUCUUCAUCUGAAAAUUAUCCUGUACAAUAUCAGUAUGCCUCACAAUCAGAGGCUCCAGUAGCUGGAUCAUCUCCUUCUGGAGGUCUGGCUUGUGCUAUAGCUGCUCUUGCUGAACGCCAGCAGAUGAGUGGAGAAUCCGUUGUUCAUAGUAAUGAAAAUAUUUCAGCCUGUAAUAUGCUUCCAGGCAGCAGUAGCUAUUACAAUAGGCUGGAUCAGGAUGUAGAGAAUUACCCCCCUGCACAAAGCUCCGGAAAUAUGUCACCAGAUUGCAGAAUGGCGAAUACAAGAGACCAUGUACAAUGGGUUGCUGAUGCUACUGAAGCCGGGACAAGCUCUGACACAACAGAAGACGAUGAAGGAAUUUCUUGUUUAUUACCACCGCCGCCGCCGCCACCUCCUGAUGAUAUUCUGGGAAGCGACUCUGGACCGAUAGUACCCGAGGGUUUUGAGGAGCAGAUGAUGUUGGCUAUGGCUGUUUCUCUUGCUGAGGCUCAAGCUAUGACAGGUGCAGCAGGAAGUGCAUGGCAAUAGUUUCUGAGGGCUGGUUACCGAAUUUAAAGAAAAUGAUUCCACCUAUGGCAAUAGUUUCCGAGGGAUGAAUGUACAAUGUGCUGCAGACUACUCACUCGUUCAUCAAGGUAGUCACAUGUCUCUCUCCUUUCCACUCUCUAUCACUAUGUAUGCUUGUUAAAAGGAAAAUGGGUUAUAUUAGUAAAUGAAAGGUUGUUUGGUUGACAUUCAUAAUAACUCAGAUUCUUUCAUUCCAUAGUUAAAUAUAUUUUUUCUCCUAGCA